CCACCUUGCGCCCCGGCUGCACGCGGAGGACGUUUCCAUCCCGGCCGCCGUGAGCUCUCCGCCUCUGACCCCUCCCCGGCCGGGCUCGGGGGCCUGGGCUCUGGUGUGGGAGGCGCUUUCUCCUCCUCUGCUAGGUCUUCCCGGCCCGGAGGGGGCCACAGAGCGUCCGAGGAGCCCUCGGCCUGGAGUGUGGGCGACUGGUCCUUCCCCUCCCCUCCCCAGCGGGACAAAGACCCGGCCUUCCCCCAUUCUUCCUGCCAUCGGCCGGCUCACUUGGUGGCAGAGGGGCUGCGGGGCCGCGGAGAGACGCCCCCCUCCGCAACCCCCCGUCCUCGGCGCGCCUCCCGCUCCUCCGGACCCGGUGCAGAAAUCUGGUGCCAGGAUGACCGAGCGCUUCGACUGCCGCCACUGCGAGGACUCCCUCUUCGGCAGGAAGUACGUCCUGCGGGAGGAGCGGCCCUACUGCGUGGCCUGCUUCGAGGCCCUCUUCGCCAGCACGUGCGAGGAGUGCGACCUGAUCGGCUGCGACUGCAAGGACUUGUCCUACAAGGACCGGCACUGGCACGAGGCCUGUUUCCACUGCUCGCGGUGCAGGGGGUCCCUUGUGGACAAGCCGUUCGCUGCCAAGGAGGACCAGCUGCUCUGCACCGACUGCUACUCGCAGGAGUACUCGUCCCGCUGCCAGGAGUGCAAGAAGAGCAUCAUGCCAGGCACCCGUAAGAUGGAAUACAAGGGUAGCAGCUGGCACGAGACCUGCUUCAUCUGCCAUCGCUGCCAGCAGCCCAUCGGAACCAAGAGCUUCAUCCCGAAGGACGGCCAGAACUUCUGCGUUCCCUGCUACGAAAGGCAGUAUGCUCUGCAGUGCGUUCAGUGCAAAAAGCCCAUCACCAGCGGGGGCGUCACGUACCGGGAGCAGCCCUGGCACCGCGAGUGCUUCGUGUGCACCGCCUGCAAGAAGCCGCUGUCGGGCCAGCGCUUCACGUCCCGCGACGAGUUCGCCUACUGCCUGGGCUGCUUCUGCGACCUGUACGCCAAGAAGUGCGCCGGCUGCGCCAGCCCCAUCAGCGGACUGGGUGGCACCAAGUACAUCUCCUUCGAGGAGCGGCAGUGGCACAACGACUGCUUUAACUGCAAGAAGUGCUCGCUGUCGCUGGUGGGGCGAGGCUUCCUCACGGAGAGGGACGACAUCCUGUGCCCCGACUGCGGGAAGGACAUCUGAGCCGCUCCCCGACCCCCCUGCAGCCCCCCAAGCCCCUGCUCGCGCUGCACCUGGCUCCACCAGCCACCCGGGGACUCGCCUCCGCGCUGCUCAGCGGCACUCACGCCUGUUUACACCCUUCAUCUACCCGUUGUGCUCGUUCUGUUAGAGGAGGAGGAAAGCCAUGGAAGCCUGAGGCGGGAAGAGGGUUUUGAGUGUUUGUAAUCAGGCGAGGCCAAUCAAAGUGUAAAAAUCCUUCUGAGUGAUACCUUUAUAAACGCUUUUCUUUCACUGCAUAUUUAA